AUGUCGAAAAAGCAAAAUGAGGAGGCUCACAAUGGAGGGGACACCCAGAAUGCAGAGAUUACAAGAGGCAAAAAGAGAAAGAGGAAAGGCGGGGAUGCCGGUGUCGAUUUGAGGAAAGGUGCUGGGAAAGUGACGAAGUUUGACGACGGCGGCAAACAACCGAUUGAGGAAGUACUCAGCGCUGUUCCUACCACUUCAACAAAGACGCCGAAGCCCACUGAGCCCAAAAGUUUUUCACGUGUCGAAGAAGGCGAAGCACCGGAGGUUGAGCAGCGCCUGAAGGGACCCCGACCAGAUCAGCCAAGAGGGAAAUACGAAAAGCGACCUGAAAAUGUCCGGGAUGACCCCGAACAGCAAAGAGAACAGCCUAAAAAGGCUCUUUCGAGACCAAGGAAGACUCCAAACGGUGAGCAAACCACUCACCGAAGUCCUUACCUGAUCAAGAAACGCGACGAACUUCUUCCAAAACGCAAAGCAUUACCCAUCUGGUCUCAGGCAGAUGCUAUCCGACAGCGCUUGAGGGAAAACAAUGUACUUGUGCUCACCGGUGAGACGGGUUCCGGUAAAUCCACGCAGGUACCACAAUUUCUGCAAUCUGAGGAUUGGUGUACUAAGACUAUUGCAAUCACGCAACCGCGCCGUGUGGCCGCGAUCUCGCUCGCCAGACGAGUUGCCGAGGAGAUGGGAAGCUUGUUCGGCGCACAGAGUCCCGCGGCCAAGGUCGGAUACAGUGUUCGCUUUGAUAAUGCUGCCGGCCCCAACACAAAAAUCAAGUUCUUGACCGAGGGUAUGCUGCUCCAAGAAAUGCUGCGAGAUCCAGAUAUGAAGCAGUACAGCGCGGUGGUUGUUGAUGAAGUCCAUGAGAGGAGCGUCAAUGUCGAUCUGAUCCUUGGUUUCCUGAGAAACCUGGUCUCGAGGAUUGGGCGUGGCAAGGGAGUACGGAAGCACCCGCUGAAAGUAGUCGUCAUGAGUGCCACAGCUGAUGUAGAGGGUCUCGUGAAUUUCUUCGCCGAGGGUUUGGAUGAAGACCUAAAAGCUCCCGAGACCUCGGGCGGACCUACAACAGUAUCACAAGCAGCGCGCGAUCGCAUCUCAACCUGCUUUGUCGAAGGCCGCCAAUUUCCCGUCAAGACUACAUACCUACCCGAGCCGACCUUAGAUUGGGUCGAAUCCGCGUUGAAAAUCAUCUUUCAGAUUCACUAUAAGGAGCCUUUACCUGGCGAUGUUCUUGUUUUUCUAACGGGACAAGAUAAAAUCGAAGCUCUGGAGAAACUAGUGAACGACUAUGCGGCAGCAAUGGACAAAGACAUGCCGAAGCUGCUUGCACUCCCUCUGUUUGCCGCUUUGCCCCAGCAAGCUCAGCAGCGCAUCUUCCAACCGACCCCUUACCGGACUCGCAAGGUUAUCCUAGCUACGAACAUCGCCGAAACAUCGGUCACUGUACCCGGUGUGCGUUUUGUUGUUGAUUGUGGAAAGUCGAAGAUUAAGCAGUAUCGCAGUAACUUGGGACUGGAGUCGCUCUUAGCAAAACCAAUCUCUAAGUCGGCCGCGAUCCAGCGUCAAGGUCGUGCUGGCCGUGAGGCGCCCGGGCAGUGUUACCGACUUUAUACCGAGAACGACUUCAAGACACUGGAAGAGCGAACAAUGCCAGAGAUUCUUCGUUGCGACCUCAGCCAGUCCUUACUCACCAUGAAGGCGCGCGGAGUUAACGACGUGCUGCACUUUCCUUUCCUAGACCGACCACCACGAGAAACCCUCGGCAAGGCCCUCAUGCAGCUUUUCCACCUCGGCGCUUUGAAUGAGGACGGAACGGUCAACGAUUUGGGUAUCAAGAUGGCUAAGCUACCCGUCACACCAACGCUUGCCCGCAUUAUCGUAGAAGCUGCGAAGCCGGAACAUGACUGUCUACAUGACGUGAUUGAUAUCAUUUCAGCUCUUAGCACCGAAGACAGCAUAUUUUUCAACAUCGCCACCGAGGAGAAGAGAGAGCGAGCCGAAGAAGCGAGAAGGAACCUGUAUCGCCGUGAAGGCGAUCACAUGACGUUCUUAGUAACAGUCCAGCAAUACGCCGAGGAGCAGACAGACCGGAAGGCAUGGUGUGAGAGACACUUUGUAUCUCACCGCGCUAUGCAGAGCGUCAUGAACAUCCGCAAGCAACUCCGCCAGCAAUGCACCCAACUCAAACUUCUCUCAUCGGAAGCACCGACGUCCAGUUCAUCGCCAAACACCGACGCAAUACUUGCCUGCAUAUUGCGAGGCUUCGUCUCAAAUACUGCGCGAUUGUGCCCUGAUGGCAGCUACAAGACCUUCUUCCACAAUCAACUUGUAGCUGUCCAUCCUAGUAGCGUGAUGCAUGGACGCAAGAUCAAAGCUGAAGCGAUUGUGUUUAGCGAGUUUCUUUUCACGAAUAAGUCAUAUGCGAAGAAGGUGAGCGCAGUACAGAUGAAUUGGGUAGGGGACGUAAUGAAGGAGGUCGUACCUAUGUGAGGAAAUAUCGAACUAUUGACU